AUGGUUAAUUGUUGUCUUCGAAAUAUGAUUUCUAUUCUUGCCUUUUCUCCUGCUACUUUUUUUCUUUAUUUAGUUAUUACAACAAAUCCUGUAUCACCACAAUUUUUUCUUGAAAUAAUGCAUAAACAUCAUACUGGAACACCAAUAAGUAUUAAAAAAUGUGAGGCUACUGGUGCUAAUUUUGGUGCUGAUUUAUUUAAUUUUCAAUGGAUGAUAUCAAAAAAAGGUUGUGCAUUGGAGACAUUUCCAGCAAAUGCAUGUGAUUAUAACAUAUCUAUGCCAAUUUUACCUUCUGCUAAAAAUAUAUCACAAUGUGAUGGAAAUUUUUUUGCAUUAGUACCAAGAGGUAAUUGUAGUUUUAGUAGAAAGGCAUUUAAUGUUCAACAAUAUUAUAAAGCCUUAAUUGUUUACCAGGAUGAGAAAGAAAAAAAACCAAUUUCAAUGUCUGGAAGAGAGGAAGCAUCUAAAGUUGAGAUACCAGUAAUUAUGAUCACUUAUAAAUGUAUGGAAGAAUUAACAAGAAAUUACAGUUUUAGAGAUGGACAAUAUUUUGUUUUAAUAAAAUCAGCCCCCGUUUUUUAUGAUUUAAUUAAAUAUUUAAUACCAUUUUUAAUGUGUAUAGGAUUAUGUUUCAUUGUUUUGUGUGUUAGUUUGGGUAUACGAUUAUUUAGAGAAAGAAGAAAGUUAGCAAAAAAAAGACUUUCUAAAGCAAAUUUAAAGAAAAUACCUGUUAAAAAAUAUGUAAAAAAUGAGGAACCAGAUACAUGUGCCAUUUGUCUUGAGGAUUUUAUUGAGGGUGAAAAAUUACGUGUUUUAUAUUGCAAUCAUGCUUAUCAUUGUAAAUGUAUUGAUCCUUGGCUUACAAAAAAUAGGAAAGUUUGCCCUAUUUGUAAAAGAAAGGUUGGUCCAAGUACUGGGGAUUCAAGUAGUGAUGAAGAAAAUGUUGAGAGAGGAAGACAAAAUAAUUUGUAUAAUGAAAUUAAUAAUGAUGGGUCAUUAAAUAGUGGUAUUAAUUCAACAUCUACUUCAGAGACUGUUCCAUUAUUAUCUAAUUCAAUGAAUACAUUACAGACAACUGCUGGACAUGAAAAUUCAUUAAAUAGUAAUAAUAUAUUACGGAACACGGGUGAGGGAGUAUAUAUUUUUUCUCGGGAAAAUAAUGAUAAUGAAAGAAUUAAUACUCCACCAAAUUUGGAAACGGGGGAAAUUAAUAAUAUUCAUAAUAAUGAACAACAAAAUAUAUUAGGGAUACAGAAAAGAAACUGGUCAACGAAGUUUGGUAAAGUCGUUGGAUCAAUGGUUGGAAAAAUUUUACCAAAUUCAUUGAGAAAUAGAACAACGGGUAAUAUUAGAAAUGAAGAUGAAACGGAAAGUAAUCCAAUUUUACAAAAUUAUGAUCAAUCUACAAUUAGUUCAAUGGAAAAUGUUUCACAAGUUAGUCAAGAUACUAUAACAACAACUGUUCAAGGUAUAUCUGCUGGUAUAUCUCAUACUAACAUCCAUGAAAAUCCUAUGGAAAUAAUAAAUGAAGGAUAUGGGACAUUAUUAAAUUCAUGUACUCCAAAUUAUGGAGCUUCUAUACCAAUUAAUAUAGUCUUUACUUCACCUAUAAAUGAUAACUCAUCAACAAGUACAUCAACAAGUCCAGAAAAUAUUCAAUCUGGUAAUUGUAAACGUGGCUAUAAUUUUAGAAAAGAAAGAACCAAUCCAACGGCAUCUUCGGCUUCAAUAGUAGAAUCGCAUACAAAGAAAAAGUCACAUUCUUUGUCAGGAAAACAUGUAACAAUAAAAGUUGACAAUCACUCGUCUUCUCAUGGUGAAGAUGCAGAUGAUGAAGAUUAUGAUAGUAGUCCUUUUCAAAAAGUAAAUCGAAAACGAUUGUCAUCAUUGAAACAAGAUGGUAAAGAUAGAACUAAAUUUAAAGAAGAGAAUGACGAUAAAAAUUUAAAUUCACAAAAUGAUAAUAAUGACAGUGAUUUAAGUCAAAUUUAA